CUCCGGUGAGGAGUCUGUCGGAUGUAGCUGGUAAUUAAACUUUCAAUAGCUAAUUUCAGUUAUGGUACCUCAUUUUAACAUUUGCUUUACAGACUAAUGCAUGAAAUGAUUAAAGUGCUAUCAACUGGACAAAGAUCACAAUAAGAGGCUUCAGGUGUCAAGAUAUGUCAUCAUUUUUGGUUGUUUUAAUGUCUUUUUAGCUGUUAAGAGUCAUUUUUGGUUAUAUUAAAGUCUUUUUAAUAAAUUUUAGUAAAUGUUGUAGCAGUCUCUACAAUCUAGCUUUUAAAGUUUUACAAAUUUGUGUGCAGUAUAAAGUAAUUUUUAAUCAUGCAAUGUUUAUUAUAUGCUGUGCAUGUGUAUGUGUGCAAAGUUAAAGUAAUUGUACAGUAUGUACAGUAGAAAUGUAUGUUUUGGAAGUUGUGUGACUUGUGUUACACUGCAACAUCUAUCUAUCUAUCUAUCUAUCUAUCUAUCUAUCUAUCUAUCUAUCUAUCAUUGUAUCCCUGUGCUGUUGUGUCAAGUUAGGUGAGUAGGUCAGAUUUUUUUGUAAACAUUAUUUAAGAAACUGUGAAACGUGCAAAUCCCCCACUAGCUGAUAUCAAUUUCAGCAGAUUGUUCACAUGUUGUUCGUUGUUAUCAUAUGGCAGCCUGCGCUCUUGGAGAUCCAGAGGUAACCUCUCCUGUGUUUAAAGGGCAUCCCAAAAAAGCACCGCCAGCAUGUUCCGUGGCAAACAGACGAGAGUGCUUCUUCUGAAUGACAUGGAGAGACUGGAGCGCACUCUAUUUCGCCUGGAGCAAGGCUUUGAGCUUCAGUUUCGGCCGGGCCCGACCCUCCAGGGUAAGAGUGUGCAUGUCCACACCAACUACCCAGCACCAGGCAAGAAGUUCGUCAGCUCCAGCUUCCGUCAGCUGGAGUGGGUGAACCCAACUGGCAGAGAGGAUGAUUCAGACAAAUAUUGUAAACUGGACCUGGAGAUAGCAGGCUCUUAUCAGUAUUACUUUGGGUGUGGGAAUGAGGAAAGAACAGGAGGUGGCUACAUUGUUGUGGAUCCAGUGUUGCGUAUUGGCCAUGAGAGGAAGAUCCUGCCCCUUGAUUGCAUUACAGUUCAGACUUAUCUCGCUAAGUGUUUGGGCGCUCUGGAUGAAUGGCUAGACAGACUCAGAGUGGCCAAGGAAACUGGUUACAAUAUGAUCCACUUUACGCCUCUGCAGAAACUAGGCGCUUCACGAUCAUGCUAUUCCAUAGCUGAUCAGCUGGAGCUGAACCCUGAUUUCUGUCCAGCUGGCAAGAAUUACACCUGGAUGGACGUGGGCAACCUGACGGAGAAACUUAAGAAAGAGUGGAACAUGCUUUGCAUCACAGAUGUGGUGUACAACCACACAGCUGCCAACAGUAAGUGGAUCAGACUCCAUCCAGAGUGUGGCUAUAACCUGGUAAACUCUCCUCAUCUGAAGCCAGCCUGGCUACUGGACAGAGCCCUGUGGCAUUUCAGCUGCGCCGUAGCAGAUGGAAAAUACAGCGAAAGCGGGCUUCCACCUCUUAUUGAGAAUGACAAACGCAUUACUAUUCUUAAAGGGCUUCUGUGGACUGAAGUUUUCUCCCUACUGAAGUUAUGGGAGUUUCUACAGGUGAAUGUUGAGAAAGCCGUGGAGCAGUUUAGGAAGGUUCUUCAGGCUGGUAACAGACCUGCUGGGCCUGAGCUGGAAGGAAAGCCAAAAUUGAAAGUCAUCCAGGAUUCACAGUACAGACGCCUCAGCAACACCGUGGACAUGCAACUGGCACUGGAGAUGUUUGGCAGACACACUAACGGCCCCAAAUCCAUCCAGGAGUGCUGCGAUUGGUUUAAGAAGAGUCUAGAGGAAUUAAAUGUUGAAUGCUAUAAGGAAAUGCAUGGUCAUCAUGAGAAGGCUAUAAACUGCAUAGUGGGAACGGUUUGUUAUGAAAGGCUCGCCACCCAAGGCCCUCAGCUUGGGCCUGUCACCUGGAAAAACCCGUUGGUGACUAGAUAUUUUACCUUCCCAUUUGAGGACAUGACCAUGGAGCAGGAAAACCAGCUGAUGCAGAAUCCAAAUGAUGCUUGUCAUCUGCUUGCCCAUAAUGGAUGGGUCAUGGGAGAUGACCCACUUAGAAACUUUGCAGAGCCAGGGUCUAAUGUUUAUUUGAGACGAGAGCUUGUAUGCUGGGGUGACAGCGUGAAACUUCGCUAUGGUGACAAACCGGAGGACUGUCCGUACUUAUGGGCUCACAUGAAGAAGUACACGGAGAUCACAGCCAAGCAUUUCUCAGGCGUGCGUCUGGAUAACUGCCACUCCACACCCCUUCAUGUUGCUGAGUAUAUGUUGGCUGUUGCUCGCCAACACAGGCCUGAUCUGUAUGUGGUGGCUGAGCUCUUCACUGGCAGCGAGGAGCUGGACAAUAUCUUUAUGACUAAGCUUGGCAUUACCUCCCUUAUCCGAGAGGCCAUGAGUGCUGGGGACAGUCAUGAAGAAGGUCGACUGGUUUAUCGUUUUGGAGGGGAGCCUGUAGGUUCAUUCGUACAGCCAAGUCUCAGGCCUUUAGUGCCGACAAUCGCUCACGCCAUGUUUUUGGAUGUUACACAUGACAAUGAAUGUCCUAUUCAGGCUCGUUCGGUGUAUGAUGCUUUACCCAGCACUGCUAUAGUCUCAAUGGCCUGCUGUGCCUCAGGCAGCACUAGAGGAUACGAUGAGCUCGUACCUCACCAGAUUUCAGUAGUAAAGGAAGAGCGUCUGUACCCCAAGUGGAAUCCUGAUGCACUGCCCUCUUCUGUCGGGGAGGUGAACCUCCAGAGUGGUAUAAUGGCGGGAAAACUUGCCCUCAACAAACUUCAUCAAGAGCUGGCAGAGAAGGGCUUCACCCAGGUUUACGUAGAUCAACUGGAUGAAGACACCGUGGCUGUGACCAGGCAUUGUCCUAGCACACAUCAAUCUGUUGUGACUGUCUCUCGUACGGCCUUUAAAAACCCAGAAACACACCAAUACAGAGAGCAUCUGGCCCCCAUGUACAUCCCAGGUAAAAUCGAGGAAGUGGUUUUAGAGGCACGUACAGUGGAGAGAAACACUGAGUCAUACGUGAAAGAUGAGAGGUUUAUCAACGGCAUGCCGAACUACACGGUUGAGAUCCGCGAACACAUCCAGUUAAAGGACAGUGAAAUCGUGAAACAAGGAGAUGCCACCACAAAGGGCCGCAGUGAGUUUGUUGAGGAGAUUUUGUUUGAAAAGCUCACACCUGGUAGUGUAAUUGCAUUCAGGGUCAGUCUCGAUCCAAACUCUCAGAAAAUGGUCGGCUACCUGCGAACUCAACUAUCACAAUUUAACCGACUGUAUAAAUCCGGCAGUCUGACUGACAGCAAUGUCCCUGGCAUCCUGAAAAUAGCUUUAGACUUUUUAAUGUCCAAACUGACUCUGGCUGAGAUGAAUGUGUUGUUGUUCCGCUGUGAUGCGGAAGAACAAGAAGAUGGUGGCGGCUGCUACAAUAUACCGUCCUGGAUGCCACUAAAGUAUGGAGGCCUGCAAGGUUUCGUGUCAGUGUUGUCUGAGAUUCGACCCAAAAAUGACCUUGGACAUCCGUUCUGUGACAAUCUCAGACAGGGUGAUUGGAUGAUUGAUUACGUGAGCUCUCGUCUGAUUAAUAAAGGUGGCGCUCUAAGGGAGGUUGGAAAGUGGUUCAGCGCUGUAUUUACAUACCUCAAACAUAUUCCACGCUACUUAGUGCCUUGUUAUUUUGAUGCGAUUAUUGUCGGGGCGUACGCCACAGCUGUAGAUGCUGUUUUUAACCAAAUGUCCAGCUUUGUUCAGAACGGGUCGACCCUGGUUAAGCAGCUGGCCCUGGGGUCAGUUCAGAUGUGUGGGGUGGGUCGCGUUCCUGCCCUGCCGCUUCUUUCUCCUGAACUGGAGGAUGUCCCAAUCUGGCUCAACAGUAUGACCAAACAAGAGGAGCAAUGUUGUGUUUCUCUUGCUGCAGGUCUGCCGCAUUUCUCCACUGGAAUUUUCCGCUGCUGGGGGCGAGACACUUUUAUAGCACUCCGUGGCCUCAUGCUUUUGACAGGGAGGUACCUGGAGGCCAGAAAUAUCAUCUUGGCCUUUGCUGGCACGAUGCGCCACGGACUGAUCCCUAAUCUGUUGGGUCAGGGCGUCGCAGCUCGUUAUAACUGCCGUGAUGCAGUAUGGUGGUGGCUUCAGUGUAUUCAGGACUACUGUAAUAUCGUGCCCAAUGGCACAGAUAUUCUUAUGUGCCCUGUGUCACGUAUGUAUCCCACUGAUGAUUCUGAAGCACAGGCCCUGGGGACAGUGAUUCACGACCAGCCAUUAUAUGUGGUUAUUCAAGAGGCUAUGCAGCGUCAUAUGCAGGGAAUAGAGUUCAGAGAGAGAAACGCAGGUCCACAGAUCGACCACAACAUGCGAGAUGAAGGCUUUAACGUGGAAGCCAAAGUAAAUCCCGAGACGGGAUUUGUUUACGGUGGAAAUCGCUUCAACUGUGGGACGUGGAUGGAUAAAAUGGGAGAGAGCGACAACGCCCAUAAUAGAGGUUUUCCAGCUACACCCAGGGACGGUUCUGCGGUGGAGAUUGUGGGUCUCUGUAAGUCAGCGGUGCGCUGGCUGAUGACGAUGAAUGACAAUGGAAAAUUCCCAUACUCCUCUGUCACAAUACACAGAGAUGGAACAGAACAGUCAGUGUCCUACAAAGACUGGAAUCAACGGAUCCAGGAGAAUUUUGAACGUUUCUUCUACGUGUCAGACGACCCUGCAGACCCAAAUGAGCAACACCCAGACCUGGUCCACAAGAAAUGCAUUUACAAAGACAGUUACGGAGCCUCUAGUCCCUGGUGUGACUACCAGCUCAGGCCAAACUUCACCAUCGCCAUGGUGGUGGCACCAGAGUUGUUUACAGUGCAAAGAGCAUGGAAGGCUUUAGAGAUUGUAGAAAAGAAGCUGCUCGGCCCUCUGGGAAUGAAAACUCUGGAUCCAGAUGAUCUGGUGUACUGUGGUGUUUAUGACAACGCCCUGAAUAAUGACGACUAUAACUGUGCAAAAGGAUUCAACUAUCACCAAGGACCUGAAUGGCUGUGGCCAGUCGGAUACUUCCUACGAGCCAAGCUUUAUUUUGCUAAGAAAAUGGGCCAGGAGAAGUACAACGAAAGUGUGUACCUGGUGAAGAAUGUUCUGUCUAGACUUUAUACCCAUUUAGAAAGAUCACCUUGGAAGGGUUUACCUGAGCUGACUAAUGAAAACGGACAGUACUGCCCAUUCAGUUGUGAAACACAGGCUUGGUCUGUUGCCACUGUUCUGGAGGCCCUAUAUGAUUUAUGAUUACGUCAAGGACAAGCUCUCAUAUACUUCUUGCCACCUGCCUGAGAUUUUCAGCGGACUUUAUUUUACCUUGUGUAGACACAAAUCUAAGAUGUUUUAGUGUUUGGUAGAAAUGGAAACACUUUAUCUUUUGAUUGUGCCAGCUCACUUUUAGAGAGGUUUUAUUGUCAUGUUUACACUCUUGUUAGUAACUGUACUACCAGCAUAUUCAGCAUAUUUCGGUUUGUUGUUACUGAUGCUCUCUCAAAACAGAUUGCUUACCUUUAAAAACAACUGGUCUUUUAUUUCAUUCUCUAAAUUCAUAUUUCAACAUCUUACAGCUAUUACAAACAGAUUCACAAUAUGGGCGGGCUUUCUUUUUUGCCAAGUCAUGGUUGCUUUGUUGUCCGCCCAUAGGCAACAGAAGCUCAUUGUUCUGCCUUCAUGAACAUACUUUACACAACAGACUACUGCAGGUAUGAUGACGUACAUAUUUUAAUCUCACUCAUGCCUUGAGUUAUUUUAGAUCACAAUGUUGAUCUAAGAGUGACAGCUUAACAAAACCAUCCAUGUAACAUACAAAAUUAAUGAUCAUGUGUUCAGUGUAAUUAACUUACCAUGGUACAGUUUUCCCAUAUAAUGCCUUGAUUUCUGUUCACUCUAAUAGCUGUUUAGCAUGGAUGGAACUAGAAAGGCAGAUGUGAUUUAAAUUUCCUGGGUCGUCCUUACAAGAAAAACAUUGAAUUAGAUAUUCAUAGUUUUCAUUUCAUCUGUACCAUUUUUUUUUCCUUGCGUCUUUGCUAAUUAGAUGUUUUUCACAGAUCAACUUUGUUGAACCUACAGUACUUUUACAGAAAAUGGAGAAAAUGGAGAAUAUAUUAUUUACACCACUUUGGAAUUGCAGUAAUGCAAUUUCUCAUGGGAAAUUUUGUAGCAUAGACUAUACUGUUGGUAAACUGAAUGAUGUGUUUUAUGGAAAAGCUGAAAAGCGGCGUGUAUUAUUGGCUCUAACAGCAAAGCUGAGCAAUUAUUUACAGAACAGUAAUAAACAAAUAACAACAUUUCACUCAGUUUG